AUGGCUCUCGAAAUGAAAUCAGCGUUAGCAAUGGUCCUUGCCCUCUUGAGUUUCGUCUCAAUGACAUCUGCUAUUCCUGGAACUGCCACCUUUUAUACUCAAUACGUUCCAUCUGCAUGCUAUGGAAAUGAAGAUGAAGGAACAAGGAUAGCAGCAGCAAGUGACACCUUGUGGGACAACGGAGGUGCAUGUGGAAGAAUGUACAGAGUCAUGUGCACUCGUGGCACCGGCGACUACGGGGCGGCUCAGCCGUGCAAGGGAGGAAGCGUCACCGUCAAGAUCGUUGAUCGCUGCCCAUCUACGUCAUGCCAUGCCACCUUGGACCUCUCUCAGGAAGCCUUCUCCGACAUCGCUGACCCUGUCCAAGGCAAAAUCAACAUUGAUUACACCCAGUAA